AUGUUGGAAGCCGCUCCGGGCGACCACAUAGCCAUUAUCCAUCUUGAGAACGGUCACACCACUCUUCCCCAGAAUCAGCCCAAGAAGCCCCUGAACCGUGGUACUGUCUUCCUCUACGGCACCAGCCAGCCCAAGGAGAGCGAGCGUCUCUUUGAUGUCCACCUUGUUUGGAACAAGAAGGGCACUGGCGGCGACGGUCGCGGCGUUCUCCUGGCUACCCGCAACUACGAUGAUGGCCAGUGUUACCAGCCAAACCCCGGUCCCAUCAGCACUGAGCGAGCUGCCAAACUCGCCCCUGAGGGAGCUAACCAUGACAUUGAGCUUGGAUGCCAGUCCACCCUUCAGUUGCCUAGCGACCUCAAGCCUGGUUCCAUCUACACCAUCUACUGGUACUGGGACUGGCCUGAUCUGAACGCCGACGAUAUCAACUUUGCUGCCACCACCAACGGCCUCUACCCCUGGGCUGGCACGUUCAUGCGUGGAGAGAAGGACCCCAACGGCUUCACCAUGGCCGCCAUCGCCAAGAAUGAGAGUUAUGCUAGCACCAUCGACAUCAAGAUCACGGGUGACUCUUCUGCCACACACGCCAACCUCAUGAGCGAGUUCGUCGAUAAUCAAGACAUUUACACCAAAGCCAUCAAGUCUCAGAUGACCAGCAACUUUGAGGUCAACAUUGAUGCCAACGGCGCCGACGACAGCCCAAGUGCAGCUCCUUCAGCUCCUGCGUCCCCUGUCGCUCCCAGUGCAGUUGCUCCUGAGCCCUCCGCAGUUGCUCCU